GAUACCCAAAAUAAUAGGGAGCACGAAGUUAAUUGUAGACGCGAGUGUAGGAGAUAACAAUCCCUUCCCAAAUAGUCUUCUUUAGCUUCCGCAACAAGUUAUUUUUUUAUCAGUCUCUCUCUCUCUAUGAGUAAAAAAAGCUGAGCAAGAAGAGCUCGGGCGAUUCAAGUCGUGAUACCCAAAAUCAAGUUAGGGUUUUUCUCAGACUUUCUCGUAACGUCUCCUGGGUUUUGAUCUUGUGGGUCUAAGCGUAUCCGAUGAUGAACUUGAUUUGCUAAGGAUUUGGGUUGUCUUUGUUUGGUUUCAAUGUCACUUAAGGAACAUGAGAUGGAAGAAGCUGCAAUGAGCUUGGUUAUGUUAUCUGAACGAGUUUGUGACUUUGAUUUGCCUCCUGGUGAUGAUGAUUCCAUGGAUUUAGAUAAGCUCAUACCUAUUCAAAAGAAGAGCUUAGGUUGUGUUGAGUCCAUACAAGACUUCAGGGAAAUGGUUUCUCACUCGGGUUUCGAAAAGUCUACUACUUGCAGUGAUGAUGUUGUUGUUCUGAGAAGUGACUUGCAGAGUAACUCAAGUCAUAAAUGUAAUGUAUGUGGCAAUAGUUUUGGGUGUUAUCAAGCUCUGGGUGGCCACAAAAGACUUCACAGAUCGAUUAAAGAGAAACUAGAGAGUAAAAAGGAGAACACUAAAGAUGAUAGUUCACUGUUUUUUGGCUCAUCAGAAGAUAAGAAGAUUGUUUCAAUACCAUCAAGCUUUGAAGUGUUUCAGAAGGAGAAGAUCUUAGAUUGUGUUGUGUCAAGACAAGACUUCAGAGAACUGCUUCCUUCGGUUUGUAAGUUUCAGAAAAGACCUGAGAGUAGCUCCAGCUAUAAAUGCAAAGUAUGUGACAAGAGUUUUGAGUGUUUGCAAGGUCUAGAUGGCCACAAAGGACAUAACAGCCUAUUAGAGCGUGAAAAGAAGUACAUAGGUGAUAAUAAGUCACUGUCUUACUCAGCAGAAGCUAAAAAGACUGUUUCAAAACCAUCAAGCUUUGAAGUCUCUCAAGAGAAGGUCUUACAUUGUGUUGAGUUGAAACAAGACUUUAGUGAACUGCUUUCUUACUCUAGUAAAACCAGUUUCAGUGCAUUACCUUCUACGCUGAGAAGUGAAUUACAGAAAGAUACUCAGAGCAAAUCAAGCUAUGAUUGCAACAUAUGUGGGGAAAGUUUUGUGCGUUCUAUAUCUCUAAGUAACCACCAAAGAGUUCACAGACCGAAUAGAGAGAAAUUAUCGCGUAAAAGGAAGUAUACUAAAGAUCAUAAUCCACUGUCUGACUCAUUACAAGUCUCUCAGGGGAAGAUCUUACAUUGUGUUGAGUCGAAACAAGACUUUAGUGAAUUGCUUUCUCAUCCGGGUUUCGACAAGUCUAUUAGUUGCAGUAUCAUUCCAUUAUCUUCUUCCCUGAGAAGUAAAUCGCAGUCCAGCAUUUCGACUCGAUUAUUUUUUGUUGCAGUGAGCUUGGUUAUGUUGUCUCAGCGAGUUUAUGACUUUGCUUCUAUCAGAAACUUGCCUCUGGGUGGUGAUGAUGUUAUGGAUUUGGAGAUUAAACCAUUGAGAAGUAAAUUGCAGAAAAAGACUCACUCCGGCUAUAAAUGUUGUAAAUGUGACAAGAGUUUUGGGUGUUAUCAAGUUCUAGGUGGUCACCAAAGACUUCACAGAUCGAUUGAAGGGCAAUUAGCACAUAAAAGGGAGUAUACUAAAGAUGAUAAUUCGUUGUCUGACUCAUCAGAAGCUAAGAAGAUUGUUACACAACCAUCAAGCUUUGAAGUCUUUCAGGAGGAGAAGAACUUACAAUGUGUUGAGCCGAGACUAGAGUUCCACGAACUGCUUGCUCACUCGGGCUUCGAUAAGUCUGGUACUUGCAGUAUGACCAGGUUCAGUGCAUUACCUUCUACCCCAGAAGCUAGGAAGAUUGUUUCACAUCCAUCAAGCUUUGGAGUCUCUCAGGAGAAGAUCUUCUUACAUUGUGCUGAGUCGAAACUAGAUGACUUUCGUGAACUGCUUGUUGCUCACUCGGGUUUCGACAAGUCUAGUAGUUGCAGUAAAACCAAGUUUAGUGCAUUACAUUCUCCUCUGGGAAGUAAAUCUCACUCCAGCUAUAGAUUCAAAAUAUGUGGCAAGAGUUUUGUAUGCUCUCAAGCUCUAGGUGGUCAUCAAACACUUCAUUGAUCGAUGAAAGGGCUGUUAG